UUUUACAUGUUUUGUACAAGCAGGUGGAUUCAUUUCAUUUGUAUCUGAGUAUUUUUAUGUGAUGAAAUUGUUCGAAUUAACAAAUCGGAUAAUUUCGAUGGAUUGAUUUAUUAUCACGUAUUUAUUAGCUUGAACUAUUUUAAGCUUCGAAGAAUCAGUCGACUGAUCCGCAACCCUAAGAAACCAGGACACUCUCCAUGGAUAAUUUCACCUCAAUAACUACAGCCACCGGUACUUUACCUCCUCUGUUCUUCAACUCAACGGUGCCACCUGAUGUGGAAGAUGAUUCGAUAUUCUUCGUCUGGUACGACUACCUCAUCUUCUGCUGCUUGUUGUGCACAAGCUGGGGCAUGGGCAUCUAUAUCGGGUGUUUCGGAAAGAAACAAACGACGACGAAUGACUAUCUGCACGGAGGGAAACAGAUGAAUGUGCUGCCGGUGGCCAUUUCCUUGACAGCUAGUCAUUGCUCUGGAGUCACUUUACUCGCAGUCCCGUCUGAGGUAUACAAGUUCGGAGCUUCCUAUUGGCUGGUUACCAUUUCUAUCCCACUGGUCGCUAUCUUAACAAAUUGGGUAUUCCUCCCAGUGUUCUACAAGCUGCAGCUGAUAAGCACCUACGAAUAUCUCGGCCUCAGAUUCGAUAAGAAAACGAGGAAGUUAUCCUCGUUUUUGUUCGCCGUAUCCGUAUUCAGCCUGAUGCCGGUCGUCAUAUACAUUCCUUCUUUGGCAUUAUCUGCUGCUACUGGUCUGGAUGUGCACAUCAUCACCCCAGUGAUUUGUGGCAUCUGCAUUUUUUACACAACUAUCGGAGGUCUCAAAGCUCUGAUAUGGACUGAUACCGUUCAAUUCUCUCUAACAGUGGUUGCCAUUUUGACUAUUAUGACGCUUGGGUUCAAAGAAUCUGGAGGUGUGCUGAAUGCAUUCCAGAAGGCCAUUGACGGACACCGUCUUGACAUAUUCAAAUUCGAUUUGGACUUCACAGAUCGAGAUUCAUUUUGGUCAAUGUUAUUUGGUUUCACCUUUCACUGGGUGGCUCACACAAGUAUCAAUCAGGGGUGCACACAAAAAUUUCUCUCUGUUGCCACAUUGAAGGAGUGCAAGUGGCUUGUAGUUAUUUACUGCCUAUUCAUGGUGAUAAUAAAGUCUACUAGUGUUAUCAACGGUCUCCUGAUAUACAACAAAUUUGCCGAAUGCGAUCCACUUGCCUCUGGAAGAAUAAAAAAUAAUGACCAGAUUUUGCCUUACUACGUCCUGAACGUAGCUGAUAGUAUUCCUGGACUUUCAGGAUUGUUCCUUGCUGGAGUCUUCUUCGCUUCAUUGAGUUCAUUCUCGGGCAAUCUGAACAGUUUGGCCGGCACCAUAUACGAAGACUUCUUGAAAAACACCUUGGAGAGGAAGGGCAUCAAUAAAACGACCUGCGUUCUCAAGUUGCUAGUGGUCAUCAUCGGAGUAAUCAGCGUGCUCAUGGUGUACAUCGUGGAACGUCUCGGGGGGCUGAUGGCGAUCUCGAUCGCCCUUGGGAGUGUGGCGCACGGUCCUCUUCUGGGGAUGUUCUGUCUCGGUUUGCUCUUUCCUAGGGUUAGGGCGAGGGGCGCAUUUUAUGGUGCUGUCACUGGAAUGUUAGUCAUGGCGACAAUCGUGAUGGGAAAUUGUUAUUAUAAGUCGAAGAAAAUGUUGAGAUACCCUGCGCAGCCUAUAUCAGUCGAUGGUUGCUCCGUUAGUGGAAAUUCAACUAUACAUCAUUUGUGGAAUGCGACUACGUCGAGCAACUCGAGUUCGGUGCCAUAUGAAGUCCCCCAGGUCUUCCGGAUAUCCUUUUACUGGUACAGCCUGAUGGGAGGCUGCAUAUGCAUGACCAUAGGGCUCCUCAUCACCUACCUGCAGAGGGAAGAAGAGCCCUACGUGGCUCGAGAGCUCCUCAGCCCUGCGAUCUACUCGAUCAUAGACCCGAAGAAGUACCAAAACAAGAUGGGCCUCGACUACAGCAGUGUGGAGGAAGCUCUCAAUAGAGUAGAGAUGAACGGCAAGGAGAGGAGAAGAUCUUCCAAGUGGGAAGCAGCGAGAGAAGAGCGGUUGAAGAAAAUGUCCUUACCAGGGAUAACUGAUGUCAUAGACGAUUAACAACAUUCUUAGUGUGAUAAUAGAGUGAAUAAGACUUAUCUAUAAAAUAAUUGAUGAAAAUCAGUUUCCAUUGCCGCAACAAGAAAAUCUUGCGCUUGGGGUGCACUUUCUGAAAUGAGAGCCCCACUUCAACUAUAAGAUUCAUGAUAUGUAUUAUAUACAUCGUUUUUCCUCAUCACAUUCAUUCAACAAGAAUUAACAAAUGAACCCUGAAUUUUUGAUGAAUGAUUAAAUGAAGAAAGAAAUAAGAAUAUUCAUUCUAGAAUCCUGAAUGAAAAGGAGACAAAAAACUUCAUAUUGAACGUGAGAACAUGAAUAUUUCAUGCUCCUAUACUUCAACUCAGAAAUAUAGUAGAUUAGACUAUAUUGAAAAUUUUAAACUUCCACAAUCGAUAUUUCAAUAAAAACCCUUGUUAAA